GGCGGCGCCUCUUCCUGCCUCCGAACCUCCUGAGUUGCUGGAGCUUCUUGACAGAACAGAGCCGAGCUGGGGCCUUGGGAGGACUGACCAGGAGCUGCGGAAACGUUUCAGACCCUGUUGGCCUUCCCGGUCUGGGGGUCCAUCGCUGUCCUCAUCCCUCCUCUCUGCUUCUUCUCGCGCUGCUUCCCCUUGGUUGAUUUUUUCAAACGGUGUAACUGCCAGAGGUGCGGGUCUAAAUUCUUGGAAGGGGCCCGGAUGUACUGAGGAUGCAUUACAAUUUCACUCAAGGAGGCAGUAGUGGAAAGGAGCAGUUUUUAGUGUUUGAUGCAAUAAUGGGAAUCAGGUAAUCAUCAGAAAGGAAGAAGAAAUACCGCAGCUCUACGGCUUCCUUGAAUUUUGCACGAAACCGCCUGCCUCGGAGGAGGGAUUAAUCCAGACCCGCUGGGGGGUGGGGGGGUGUUUUGACAUUUCUUCCUUUUUGUGGCUUCUCCUUUUAAAACAAUUUUUGGUCAAUGGUCAAUGAAAACACGAGGAUGUACAUCCCAGAGGAAAACCACCAAGGUUCCAACUAUGGGAGCCCGCGCCCAGCUCAUGCCAACAUGAAUGCCAAUGCAGCGGCAGGGCUUGUCCCCGAGCACAUCCCCACCCCAGGGGCAGCCUUGUCCUGGCAGGCAGCCAUUGAUGCGGCCCGGCAGGCCAAGCUGAUGGGAAGUGCUGGCAAUGCGACCAUCUCCACGGUCAGCUCCACACAGCGGAAGCGGCAGCAGUAUGGGAAACCCAAGAAGCAGGGCAGCACUACUGCCACACGCCCACCACGUGCCCUGCUCUGCCUCACUCUGAAGAACCCCAUCCGGAGGGCGUGCAUCAGCAUUGUCGAAUGGAAACCAUUUGAAAUCAUUAUUUUACUGACUAUUUUUGCCAAUUGUGUGGCCUUAGCGAUCUAUAUUCCCUUUCCAGAAGAUGACUCCAACGCCACCAAUUCCAACCUGGAACGAGUGGAAUAUCUCUUUCUCAUCAUUUUUACUGUGGAAGCAUUUUUAAAAGUAAUAGCUUAUGGACUUCUCUUUCACCCUAAUGCUUACCUCCGCAAUGGUUGGAAUUUACUAGAUUUUAUAAUUGUGGUUGUAGGGCUUUUUAGUGCAAUUUUAGAACAAGCAACCAAAGCUGAUGGGGCAAAUGCUCUAGGAGGGAAAGGGGCUGGAUUUGAUGUGAAGGCGCUGAGGGCAUUCCGCGUGCUGCGUCCCUUGCGGCUGGUGUCUGGAGUCCCGAGUCUCCAGGUGGUUCUGAAUUCCAUCAUCAAGGCCAUGGUCCCCCUGCUGCAUAUCGCCCUGCUAGUGCUGUUUGUCAUCAUCAUCUACGCUAUCAUUGGCCUGGAGCUCUUCAUGGGGAAGAUGCAUAAGACCUGCUACAACCAGGAAGGCAUAGCAGAUGCUCCAGCAGAAGACGACCCCUCCCCUUGUGCUCUGGAGACAGGCCAUGGACGGCAGUGUCAGAACGGCACCGUGUGCAAGCCCGGGUGGGACGGGCCCAGGCACGGCAUCACCAACUUUGACAACUUCGCCUUCGCCAUGCUGACAGUGUUCCAGUGCAUCACCAUGGAGGGUUGGACAGACGUGCUCUACUGGGUCAAUGAUGCCGUAGGAAGGGACUGGCCCUGGAUCUAUUUUGUUACACUAAUCAUCAUAGGGUCAUUUUUUGUACUUAACUUGGUUCUCGGUGUCCUUAGCGGAGAGUUCUCCAAAGAGAGGGAGAAGGCUAAGGCUCGAGGAGAUUUCCAGAAGCUGCGAGAGAAGCAGCAGCUGGAAGAGGACCUGAAAGGCUAUCUGGACUGGAUCACACAGGCAGAAGACAUAGACCCUGAGAACGAGGAUGAAGGCAUGGAUGAGGAAAAGCCCCGGAACAUGAGCAUGCCCACAAGUGAGACGGAGUCUGUCAACACUGAGAAUGUGGCUGGCGGUGACAUCGAAGGAGAAAACUGUGGGGCCAGGCUGGCCCACCGGAUCUCCAAGUCGAAGUUCAGUCGCUACUGGCGUCGGUGGAAUCGGUUCUGCAGAAGAAAGUGUCGUGCCGCAGUCAAGUCCAAUGUCUUCUACUGGCUUGUGAUCUUCCUGGUGUUCCUCAACACGCUCACCAUUGCCUCAGAACAUUACAACCAGCCCCACUGGCUCACAGAAGUGCAAGACACAGCCAACAAGGCCCUCCUGGCCCUCUUCACCGCGGAGAUGCUGCUGAAGAUGUACAGCCUGGGCCUGCAGGCCUACUUCGUGUCGCUCUUCAACCGCUUUGACUGCUUUAUCGUGUGCGGGGGCAUCCUGGAGACCAUCCUGGUGGAGACCAAGGUCAUGUCUCCCUUGGGCAUCUCUGUGCUCAGAUGUGUUCGGCUCCUGAGGAUAUUCAAAAUCACCAGGUACUGGAACUCCUUAAGCAACCUGGUGGCAUCCUUGCUGAAUUCUGUGCGCUCCAUCGCCUCCCUCCUGCUCCUCCUCUUCCUCUUCAUCAUCAUCUUCUCCCUGCUGGGGAUGCAGCUCUUUGGAGGAAAGUUCAACUUUGAUGAGAUGCAGACCCGAAGGAGCACCUUUGAUAACUUUCCCCAGUCCCUCCUCACUGUGUUUCAGAUCCUGACCGGGGAGGACUGGAAUUCGGUGAUGUAUGAUGGGAUCAUGGCUUAUGGCGGCCCCUCUUUUCCAGGGAUGUUAGUCUGUAUUUACUUCAUCAUCCUCUUCAUCUGUGGAAACUAUAUCCUACUGAAUGUGUUCUUGGCCAUUGCUGUGGACAACCUGGCUGAUGCUGAGAGCCUCACAUCUGCCCAAAAAGAGGAAGAAGAAGAGAAGGAAAGAAAGAAGCUGGCCAGGACUGCCAGCCCAGAGAAGAAACAGGUGAUGGAGAAGCCAGCAGUGGAGGAGACCAAGGAGGAGAAAAUUGAGCUGAAAUCCAUCACAGCUGACGGAGAGUCCCCACCUACCACCAAGAUCAACAUGGACGACCUCCAGCCCAAUGAAAAUGAAGAUAAGAGUGUCUACCCCAACCCAGAAACUACAGGAGAAGAGGAUGAGGAGGAGCCUGAGAUGCCUGUGGGCCCACGCCCACGCCCACUUUCUGAGCUGCACCUCAAGGAAAAGGCAGUGCCCAUGCCCGAAGCCAGUGCAUUUUUCAUCUUUAGCCCCAACAACAGGUUUCGCCUACAGUGCCACCGUAUCGUCAAUGACUCAAUCUUCACCAACCUGAUCCUCUUCUUCAUUCUGCUCAGCAGCAUUUCUCUGGCUGCUGAGGACCCUGUCCAGCACACCUCCUUCCGGAACCACAUUCUGUUUUAUUUUGAUAUUGUUUUUACUACCAUUUUCACCAUUGAAAUUGCUCUGAAGAUCCUAGGCAAUGCAGACUAUGUCUUCACUAGUAUCUUUACAUUAGAAAUUAUUCUUAAGAUGACUGCUUAUGGGGCUUUCUUGCACAAGGGCUCCUUCUGCCGGAACUACUUCAACAUCUUGGACCUGCUAGUGGUCAGCGUGUCCCUCAUCUCCUUUGGCAUCCAGUCCAGUGCAAUCAAUGUUGUAAAGAUCUUGCGAGUUCUGCGAGUCCUCAGGCCCCUGAGAGCCAUCAAUAGAGCUAAGGGACUAAAGCAUGUGGUUCAAUGCGUGUUCGUCGCCAUCCGGACCAUCGGGAACAUUGUGAUCGUCACCACACUGCUUCAGUUCAUGUUCGCCUGCAUCGGGGUGCAGCUCUUUAAGGGGAAGCUGUACACCUGUUCAGAUAGCUCCAAGCAGACUGAGGCAGAAUGCAAGGGUAACUACAUCACAUACAAGGACGGGGAGGUUGACCACCCCAUCAUCCAGCCCCGCAGCUGGGAGAACAGCAAGUUUGACUUUGACAAUGUCCUGGCAGCCAUGAUGGCUCUUUUCACUGUCUCCACCUUUGAGGGGUGGCCCGAGCUGCUGUACCGCUCCAUCGACUCCCACACGGAAGACAAGGGCCCCAUCUACAACUACCGGGUGGAGAUCUCCAUCUUCUUCAUCAUCUACAUCAUCAUCAUUGCCUUCUUUAUGAUGAACAUCUUUGUGGGUUUCGUCAUCGUCACCUUCCAAGAGCAGGGAGAGCAGGAGUACAAGAACUGUGAGCUGGAUAAGAACCAGCGACAGUGUGUGGAAUAUGCCCUCAAGGCCCGCCCCCUGCGGAGAUACAUACCCAAGAACCAGCACCAGUACAAAGUGUGGUACGUGGUCAACUCCACCUACUUUGAGUACCUGAUGUUUGUCCUCAUCCUGCUCAACACCAUCUGCUUGGCCAUGCAGCACUAUGGUCAGAGCUGCCUGUUUAAAAUUGCCAUGAACAUCCUCAACAUGCUCUUCACUGGCCUCUUCACUGUGGAGAUGAUUCUGAAGCUCAUUGCCUUUAAACCCAAGGGUUACUUUAGUGAUCCCUGGAAUGUUUUUGACUUCCUCAUCGUAAUUGGCAGCAUAAUUGACGUCAUUCUCAGUGAAACUAAUCACUAUUUCUGUGAUGCAUGGAAUACGUUUGACGCCUUGAUUGUUGUGGGUAGCAUUGUUGAUAUAGCAAUCACCGAGGUAAACCCAGCUGAACAUACCCAAUGCUCUCCCUUUAUGAACGCAGAGGAGAACUCCCGCAUCUCCAUCACCUUCUUCCGCCUCUUCCGGGUCAUGCGCCUGGUCAAGCUGCUGAGCCGUGGAGAGGGCAUCCGGACCCUGCUGUGGACCUUCAUCAAGUCCUUCCAGGCCCUGCCCUACGUGGCCCUGCUCAUAGUGAUGCUGUUCUUCAUCUAUGCUGUGAUCGGAAUGCAGGUGUUUGGGAAAAUUGCCCUGAAUGAUACCACAGAGAUCAACCGCAACAACAACUUUCAGACCUUCCCCCAAGCUGUGCUGCUUCUCUUCAGGUGCGCCACUGGGGAGGCGUGGCAGGACAUCAUGCUGGCCUGCAUGCCAGGGAAGAAGUGUGCCCCAGAGUCUGAGCCCAGCAACAGCACGGAAGGGGAGACACCCUGUGGCAGCAGCUUCGCCGUCUUCUACUUCAUCAGCUUCUACAUGCUCUGUGCCUUCCUGAUCAUCAACCUCUUUGUAGCUGUCAUCAUGGACAACUUUGACUACCUGACAAGGGACUGGUCAAUCCUUGGUCCCCACCAUCUGGACGAAUUUAAAAGAAUCUGGGCAGAGUAUGACCCGGAAGCCAAGGGUCGUAUCAAACACCUGGAUGUGGUGACCCUGCUUCGGCGGAUUCAGCCCCCACUGGGUUUUGGGAAGCUGUGCCCUCACCGUGUGGCUUGCAAACGUCUGGUCUCCAUGAACAUGCCUCUGAACAGUGAUGGGACAGUCAUGUUCAAUGCCACCUUAUUUGCCCUGGUCCGGACAGCACUGAGAAUCAAAACAGAAGGGAACCUGGAACAAGCCAAUGAGGAAUUGCGGGCCAUCAUCAAGAAGAUCUGGAAGCGGACAAGCAUGAAGCUGCUGGACCAAGUGGUGCCCCCCGCUGGAGAUGACGAAGUCACGGUCGGCAAGUUCUAUGCGACUUUCCUGAUCCAAGAGUACUUCCGGAAAUUCAAGAAACGCAAAGAGCAAGGCCUCGUGGGCAAGCCCUCCCAGAGGAAUGCUUUGUCCCUGCAGGCGGGCUUGCGCACGCUGCACGACAUCGGGCCUGAGAUCCGCAGGGCCAUCUCAGGGGACCUGACAGCUGAGGAGGAGCUGGACAAGGCCAUGAAGGAGGCUGUGUCUGCUGCCUCCGAGGAUGACAUCUUCAGGAGAGCCGGAGGCCUGUUCGGUAACCACGUCAGCUACUACCAAAGUGAUGGCCGAAGCGCCUUCCCCCAGACCUUCACCACCCAGCGCCCGCUGCACAUCAACAAGACGAGUAACAGUCCUGGUGACACUGAAUCGCCGUCCCACGAAAAGCUGGUAGACUCCACCUUCACCCCCAGCAGCUACUCCUCCACUGGCUCCAAUGCCAACAUCAACAAUGCCAACAACACAGCUCUGGGCCGCUUUCCCCGCCCCACUGGCUACCCCAGCGAGGUCAGCACUGUGGAGGGCCACGGCCCGCCCCUGUCUCCUGCCAUCCGAGUACAGGAGGCAUCGUGGAAGCUCAGCUCCAAGAGGUGCCACUCGAGGGAGAGCCAGAUAGCCAUGGUGUGUCAGGAGGAGUUCUCUCAGGACGAGACCUAUGAGGCAAAGGCACGCGAGGACGUGGAGUACUGCAGUGAGCCUAGCCUGGCCUCCACGGAGAGGCUGUCCUAUCAGGAUGACAAAAACCGACAACUGACACCCCCAGAGGAGGACAAGAAGGACAUCCGGCAAUCUCCAAAGAGGGGUUUCCUCCGCUCCGCCUCCCUGGGUCGGAGGGCCUCCUUCCACCUAGAAUGUCUGAAGCGACAGAAGAAUCAAGGAGGAGACAUCUCUCAGAAGACUGUCCUGCCCUUGCACCUGGUUCAUCAUCAGGCACUGGCAGUGGCAGGCCUGAGCCCCCUCCUCCAGAGAAGCCAUUCUCCCACCACAUUCCCCAGGCCACGUGCCACACCCCCUGCCACUCCCGGCAGCCCAGGCUGGCUCCCUCAGCCCAUCCCCAUGCUUCGACUGGAAGGAACAGAGUCCAGCGAGAAACUCAACAGCAGCUUCCCAUCCAUCCACUGUGGCUCCUGGUCUGGGGAGCCCACGCCCUGCCGGGAGAACAGCAGCACCACCCGGAGAGCCCGGCCUGUGUCCCUCACUGUGCCCAGCCAGCCUGGGGCCUGGGGCAGGCAGUUCCACGGCAGUGCCAGCAGUCUGGUGGAGGCGGUCUUGAUUUCGGAAGGACUGGGGCAGUUUGCCCAAGAUCCCAAGUUUAUCGAGGUCACAACCCAGGAGCUGGCUGACGCCUGCGACAUGACCAUAGAGGAGAUGGAGAGCGCUGCUGACAACAUACUCAGUGGGGGCAACCAGCAGAGCCCCAACGGCACCCUAUUACCUUUUGUUAACUGCAGGGACCGGGGGCAGGACAGAGCAGGGGGCGAAGAGGAUGGGCUCAGCGGGCCCAGCCAGGAGUGUCGGAAGAGUGAGGAGGAGCUGCAGGACAGCAGAGCCUACGUCAGCAGCCUGUAGGGGCCAGGGCUGGGAGAUGCUGGGUUUUUUAUUUGUUUCAAUGUUCCUAAAGGGUUCGUUUCAGAAGUGCCUCACUGUUCUCGUGACCUGGAGUUAACGGAACAGCGUCUUCAUUCAUUUCGUUGGGACAAGACACAGAGUUGGGUGACAUGGAGAGUAGAGCUUUUUGCUUUUCCAGGGGUGGGGGAAGAAAAGCAGCAACCCCAGUUUGUGUCAAAGGAGGAAGAGUGGUGAGGAGGAAGAAGAGGUGGGAGGUUAGGGGAGGGAGCACAGGAGACAGCUACCUGCCCUCCCGUUUUACUUCAAGUCCUGUGCGAGGAACCAGCCUUUGCCUUGGGCACAAAAGGGACCCUCAGCUUCCUGUGGUAGCCCUCACCGAAAGGACCUUUGUCAAACGGGUGUCUUUCAACUUUGCUUGUAAAAAAAUCAUUUUGCACAUAUUCUGUACAAGCCUCACUGUCCCCAUAGAGCCAGGGCCCUGUGGAUUUGCAGAAGGAAGCAGGCACAACUUGGACCCAGCCCCACCCCCUGCCAGGAGGGAAGAGGAAGCAGCAAGAGGCGGCAGGAGCUGGAGCCAGGAGGAAGAGUGGGGUGGCUGCUGCAGCUACCCACCCCCCACCUUCCCUGCCAGGCCACCCCCUUGCAUCAGGAUCACCUUCCCUGCAAGGGCCAGACCGCCGGACCAGGCCACCGAGCUCCACCAGCAGCUGGCCAGCCUGCGGCCGGGGAGCAGGCUGCCCGCCAAGAAAGGGCAGCCAGCUCUGGACAAAGCAAGGUGGUGCUGGGUUCUGCUGAGCGCUCUUUUGUUCUGUUGUUUGACAUUUUUCUUGACAGCAUGUUGCAAUUUUUAUUUCUUUUGGUUUGGAUUUUUUUUUGUUUGUUUUUUUCAGUUUUAUUUUCCCAGGAGGAGGGGAAGAAGAAGAGUGUUUACGAAGGUCGUAGUUACCCACCUUACUGUUUUCACUCUUGCAAAUGCAAAUGAGGUUAGGUAUGAUCAUAUUAUUUAAAUGGGUGUGGUUUCCUUUUUCUACAGUGGUUCAUUAGAGCUGCUGUAGGAGAGUUUUACCAGACAUUGUGUAUGCCCAACCAUUUGUUAUCAUUUCUGUAGGUAGUAAAAAUUCCUUUGGUUUGGUUUUAUAAUUUAAAGGUAAUCAGCAAUGCACUUGAUAGGGUCUUGCACAGAUGGAUGACUGAGCUGGGUUCUCUUGAAUGUCGGGUGUAUUGGUGGGUGCCAGAAGAGAGCAAGCGUGCAUGAGAGAGUCUCUGUGAGUGUGUUAUGUGUGUGGCGGGUUGUCUGUGUGGGUAUGUCAGACAUGUGGACGUGUGCCCACACAGUGCCCCCAUGCGCCCAGUGAGUACACAGCUCCCCGUUUCUGGGUUAACAGGGAUCUGAAUCCAGGGCCAUUUGAAAGCAAAAACAAAUCACUGUCUCUGCUUCUGAAACGGGAAUCAGUAACUCUUUGCAUUUUCUGUCCCACAAGAUAUGCAAAAACAAUGCAAUAAUAUUCAUUUUAAAAAUACAAUUGUGAGUCUUGUUGGCAUUAAAACUGUAUUUUAAAGAACACAGAAAUUUAAGGGAAAAACUCAAGAAGGCGUUUUGCUUCAAUAUAUUCCGUGUAAUGUUUUAUUGCAUUGAUAAUGUUUCUGUUGAAGAAACCGUUAUACUUGAAUUCAGGUCAGUUUCAGUAUUUUACAAAUAUUUUUUUAAAAUUGAAUUGCAAUUGUGCCAAGCGAAUAUAAUGAAUUAAGUUUGUUUUUGAAUCCACCUCUUGUAUAUUUUGCUGCAUGUAAGUAAAUCAUUUUGUAUUUGGAGUGUGACAAGCUUUACCGUUGAACUCUUAAGUGCUUUUCUAUAUGUGGUUGGGGGAAGGGGAAUGAUUUUUUUUUAAUUUGUACAAUGAGCAAGGGUAUCACCCAUGUAAAUCAUUAUCCUGCUACCUACCCACUAACAGGUUUGGACAUUACUGUUUUGCAUAUCUUGUGUUUGCUUCUGCUUCCCUCAAUCUCUCCAAAGCUAUGCGAUAAGUAUAUUUGUACUACAUCUCAUUUGAGAGACUAGGACAUAGCUCAUUCCAAUCUUCCCUCUGUCUGCUCUGUACCAGUUCUCUGACUGGGUAUUUCUCUAGGAACAAUGGUGAGGGGUCGUGAGGCAUUCCAACCAGCCCCUCUCCUCACUGGGCUAGCCUCAGCAUCCCUUGAGGGGGAGAAGAGGUGGCUGACCUUUCUCUUUACUCCUGUAGCACAAAUUUUGCCCAGUGGUUAUUCAGGAAAGUAUACUCUGACUGGGAGGACGGGAUUAGAGUUGGGCUGGUGGGAGGGGAGGGAAUCCUGGUUCUGCAACUGCUCUGCCCAAACUCAUACAGCAGGGGCUACAAAAAGGCAACCAGUUAAAAUCUUUGUCCAUCCAAAAGUCAACCGUGUCUUGCUCACCUCUCCAUCUUUUCUUCACUCUGGGACAGGAUUUCCUCCAGACUUCCGUUAGUAUGUGUGGCAGCCAUGCAGGGGACCAGAACAAGAGAGGCAUCAUCAGGAGUUCACAGGGGUGGUGGAACCAGGGACUCUCUGGGAGCUUCUCUUACGCCAGUUUGGGUCUACCUAGAACCUCCUGCUAUUGGUGCUGUCCUUUGAAUAGAUUUGAACAAUGAUGGUUAAUAAGGGACUGAUUUGGGGAAAACAGGACCCAGCCAUUCAUCCAGAAUUCACCCAUCGAAUCUAUUCCAGUCCAGGGUCCUCACAGCCCUUCUUGGCACUUAUGUAAGCAAACGAGAAAUUUAAAUCAGAGAAAGCCCAGUUCUCAAUGAAGAUGAGUUUUGUUUUCAUGGACUAAUUCAUGAAAAUGUGGAGAAAUGUGCUGGAAACUCCCAGGUUAGCUUACAUUCUAGUAACAGAAGAGUUUCUUCCUGCUUCUCCGAGCCCAACCCAUCCAAAGUUUCUUGGUUCCUUCUCAGAGCCACCUUCUAGAAAUUAAGUUCAGGUGUCACUGUUACCCUUUGUUUAGUUUCCCAAAAUGUCUGCCACUGUGCCUCUAAGAUUUUAGUUAUGAUGGAGAGGGGAGCGCCUUUGGAUUAAUAUUUGGUUCUUGCUAUACAUUUGAUCCCUAGAUAAAGUUGGGAAUCUUGAUUGACCACACACACUCAACCUUUUCAUGCUGUAUUCUCUUUUCCUUCUGGACUUUGCAUGUGCAUCACCAAAUCCGUUGGCCAGCAGCAGGGGCUAUAGGUGGGCUUGUUCCAGCUGCUUCCAGGGCCCUGCCUAAGUGCAGUCCCUUUGCUGUUCACCACUCCCACCAGAGGCUCGCUGCUGUUCUCUAGUCCACUCUGUCCAGAAGACCAGCCAGCCUUCCUCCCUGCCCCGGUAAGAACUGUGUCACCAGUGACCAGGGCACUUUGCCUUAUGCUGCUGUAAAGGAAAGGAGUUUCAGAUGGGAGUUCCCAGGCGAGGGCCUCUCUGAGCCAGACCUCAUGCUGGACUCCUAUAGGGCUGACAUUUGGUAUCUAUCAUCAUCAUAGACUAGUAACAUCAGCCAUGAAACCAACGAACCUCAUCCACAGUGUACGAGGUGAUGUUUUCUCUCUGUCUAGAGGAGAACUCUCCUCAUGACCUCGUAAAACUUCUGAGUGGCUGGAGAAGAGCAGCCAGUGCUGAGGACCAGAAGGACUUGAAGAAGUGCAGCUUAAGUUCUGGGUUUUGGUAAACUUGAUUUUUAUCAUCUUCUGACAGGCCCAGCCUCUUUUAUUUUCACCCCUUGGUCUUUUAAUUAUUAUUCACAUUUAUGGCUACAUUAAGCAGAGAGAUUUUCAGUUGUCUCUUUCUGCCUGUUCCUAGAAGUUUCUUUUUGGCCUUGAAGUAAAAAAAGAGACUUUCCCCCUAGAUUUUGGCUUGAUUUAUGGAUUUGUUUCUGCUUUGCUUCAGAAGAUAUUAUAGUCCCCUCUUCAGCUUCUAAGUCUGACAGACGUCCCUCUGACUGGGAAAUCCAAGGAACAAGACAGCCUUCCUCAGUCUUUUAUCCUCCCCUGGGACCCUGCUUUCAAAUGUCAGGGGCUUGUUUGGAGUGAAGCUACUUAGCACUUCCUCACAGCCAUCUCUUCCAGAACUUCUGCUUAUCACGCAGCAAAAGAUAGUAAGGCGACCACAGAAGUAUACCUUCUACUGCCAAAGUAGUAUCUUUCAGAAAUAAGAGAGCCCAGAAAAUGAGGAGUUUGGAAGCCAUCAAAAGGAUGAUGGUUGUUUUACAUAGGCCUGUCACUUCUAACGGCCAAGAAAUAGAACAAGAACUUGGGGUAGGAAUGAAGAAGAACCCUGGUGGUCAGUGUUUCAGCUUCAUCAAACCCAAAUCACACAUGUUGCUAUGGAAGGUGAUGGCUUCUCUAUCCCCAGAGAGCCAGGAGAACGAGACUACGUCAUCUAAGAGGUAGAAACGGUUUAGCACGGAGACCAAGAGAAGGUUUUAAGAGGACCUCUUUAAGCCCCAGGGGAGUAAAAAAAUUGCUGGUAGAGUCCAGGCCAGUUCUGUUUCUGAAGAUAUGGGUCUGGUCUGGGGAAAGUGUAAGCCCAGAGAGAACUGGAAAGGAAAUGGGGCAAAAAGGGCAUGUUUUGAUUUCCAGUGUGUCUGCUCCCAUUUUAUGGAAAGAAACAUCUAGGUCAACCACUUGCAAUGGCCCGUACAGGGCAGAGGCUCAUGUCUCAAGGAUCUACUUUGGAAGAAAAGAAAAGUAGCGUUUUGACUGACACUGUUUUCCCAACCAAAUCAACAUUAUCAGCUGGAUGAGGGGUGUCUGCCCCCUGUCUGGCCUCUCUGCUGACGUCCCUGCCCUUGUGUUAGCCAGCGCACCACAGAAACAGCCCCAGUCAGAGGCAGAGGUGAAGCCCUGGCCUGGCACCCAUGCAGCUCGCAGUCCCCCGCGUGCAGGGCUCCAGCAUAACACAGCCGCAGGGGCACAGUGAGGGAAGUGUCCUGCAGCUGUCCAGGUAGGCAGCGGGGGUGGGGGGCUCUGGUCCCUUCCCUAAGCUGCUAUGUUUCAGCCUCCUGCCCCAUGCCCCCAUUUUCCUUCCUCCCCUGCCCACCAGACUAGUGAGAGACAGAGAUUUUGCCAUUCUUAACAUAGUUUUUUGUCAAGCCAUUUCUUUUAACUUUAUUUAUUUAUUUAUUUAGUUUUCAAAGCAAUGAAAUAUUCCUGUGUGGAACCAGAUACCAAUGUAACAGGUUAAUGGGUUUCUGCCAGAUUUCCACAUUGUUGGGGAGGCCCUUGGAUACCACAUGCACACACACACACACUCACAUGCAUACACAUGAAUACACACACAUACACUCACAUGUACACCCACACACACAUAUCCUUAAGGGACAAGUGUCCAUGCUGGGGCUGAGCUCUACACAAAUGACUCUGUCUCUUCCCAGAAGGCUGAGCACUCACUGUAUAGAGAGAAGUAGGGAGAGAGCCAGAGUAACUUCCUUGGCUGGGAAUAGUGCCAUCUGAACCUAUUAUUACUAGGAAUUAAGUAUAAUUUAUCCACAUUAAGAAAAUGCUACUACUACUAAAAUCAAGACCAUUCCCUCAUAUGACUUUAAGAGGCUUGGUUCACAGCAGAUGCAGUGGUAAUGACUCUCAAGUUUUCUGGUGUAUUAGAAGAGCCAUUCAAUCCAUUGCUAGAAGGAAAUUAGAGAUUACAGUGGAAUAUCUUAAGCUAAGUUAAAUAAGUUUACCACUGAGAGCAGAGUCAUAGUUAACAUUGUUCUCUACUAAUUAAGGAAAACAAGACAAAGACUAUUAACUAAAGGCCUGAAAUGUCACAUCAGCAAGAGUCAAAUAUUCUGCCUUCAUAUCAGAUGCUGGCCCCUUCACAGGUGUGCUCCCCUCGGUGGGGCAUCCUGUGCACCCUGGUGUUCAGAAUGUAAAUCAUCUGAUUUGUAUCAAGCCCCUAGAAUGGGUACUUGACACUUAAUCUACCAUGAAUCAGACAUUUGCUACAAGUGUGUCAUGUAAAAGUCACAGCCUUCAUAAAUAAGCAAACGUCAUUAUCACAGGCAGUCCUUGCCAGGAAAAGUGGUAAGUGCUAAGGGAGGGUUAUUUCUAUGCAAGGAAAUACACAGAUGGACAGAAUAAUUCCUAUUCACAGUUUGGGCCUGGAGAACUCUGGUGCUGAGGUUUUUAGAGACUUCAGUUAAGAAGCAGAGGGGUAAGGAAAAAGAGAGUGAGCAGACAUCAGCCUUGGCAGUGACUUCAAAGGCCCCUGGAGGAAGUCCCUCCUGAGGGCAGAGAGAAGCCAGGAGGAGAGAGAGGAGAAGGCUACUUGCUGUAGAGGCACAAGAGGAAUAAAAGAGGGUGGGUCACUGGGUCCUGUCCCAAGCCCCUCCCCCUAAGGUGUCUCUACACGAAGAAAUUGUACUGAGGCUUGAAUGGAAAACAAAAUUUGAGAGUGAAGGGCAGACUAGUUGUAAGCCAACAAUCCCAUGCAAAGGGCUCCUUCAGAAGACAACUCAAAUGCUGUGGCACCUUCCUUCUUGCUCACAUCACACCAUCAUACAUCAGCCACCUCCCUUUCCCCGACCUUUCAACUCCAUCUCUUGACUCCUCACCCAGGUUAUGCACCAUACAUAGCUGCUGCCUGUCUCGCCCAGAGCACAUGCUUUCUCCCAGUGCCUGGGAGGACAAGAAGAAGGCUGUGGACACCAACAGCAUAAACAGAAUUGCACAAUCUGGGAUGGGAGUAGUUGAGAACCACCUGUGAAAAACACACAAGUUCAUCAGGAAGUAGGGUGGCAGGUCCCCAGUUGAUGAGCCACUGGAAUGUCUAUUACUCUCAUAAGUUUCCUGUUGGUUUUUUUUAACCCCAGUGGUACAAAGCAAGCAAAAUUCCCCUUCAUGUAAGAGGCUCCAGACAGCCCAGCCCAUCCAUCCCUCUUCUCAUGUCCUCUUGCUCAGGCCUACCUUCCUGCCCCCAGACCAAGCUGUAUCAUACUUAUUCUCAGAGAGAUGUAGAAAGAGGGACAGUGCCUCCAUGGUCACCCCAAUGCCUGUCAUCAUCCCCACACACCUGCAUACCACACACCUUCCCCUCCAGGCUCCACGGAUUUGCAGUUCUUACUAUUGUAAAUAUUGUUGUACAGUUUGUAAUCAUCAAAUAAUCCUGUUGUCAAAGGCCUCGCCUGCUGCGCCUUCUUACCCUUGAGAAAGGCCAGGGAAUCUACAAGGGGCGACCUUUCCAGAAGAGCUUCAGGGUGAUGAUCUCUGUGUGAGAUGCUAUGUAUAUUCCUGUAAGAUUGCAUUUUUAUCUAAGGAAUAAUGUUAUUUAAAAAAAACAAAAACAAAAAAACAAAAAACAAGAAUUGCAAAUAAAUUUCUUAACAACGUUACCUUGAAUUGUAUCUUCCCUCUUCAACAUCCCUUCCCUUCUCCUGUUUCCUAGAUGUCACAGAAAUAUACUUAACUCUCAUAUAAUUGUCUUACUCCCCAAAGGGGAAAAGGCAGGGGAGAACUUGGGAAAUCUGAAUACAAUGGUGAUCUCUAACCUUAUUUCAACAUGAAUCUCAUUAUCCAUCUCUUCCUUCCAAUGAAAAGGUUAACAGAAAAUGGUUCCUAAUUUGACAAGGAGACAGAAUAGGAGAAAUUAAAUGGACAAUCCACAAAAUAGAAGAGCUGUCCUCCAAAUACUUGGAA